CAUCAGAGCUUCUCUCCCAGCGUAUCAUUUUUUCUGACCAUUGAUUCACGUCGGCUUAGCUGAGCUCCCAGUCACGUUUGUUUGGGUGUCUGAGUCUCGGUAGCUCUGUCGCUGCUCAGGUGCCUUGCAGCACUUGCAGCCCCCUCCCUCUUCACUGCACAUCACUCUGCUUUCCCCUUUCCCCUCUCUGCCACGCAUCGAAUUGCAGACUCCCUGUUGCCUGUCCUACUAUCACUGCACUGUGCAUCGCGUAGCUUCGUGACCUGUUUCCAGACUGGCUGCACUAUAGCAUUCCGAAACAGAGGGACUCCGAGGUGAUCUUUUCCCGAUCCCCCACCCCUCAAAAAUGAACUGCAAAUACAGUCCCUUUCCCCUCGUUCUCCGUUAAGCCUGCAGCGGCUUGCCAGCGAUUUUGCAUAUUCUGCAGAUACUCUAUAAACAUUUCAUUGUUCUGAGAAAGGCAAGGGGGAUAAAUCGGAUACGCAUCGGCAUUAUGCCCUUUCCAUGAGCUUUUUUUCCAAAGAGACCAGGCAAUGCGGGCAUCAGCAGCUGUAGCGUUACAUUGUAUCCAUCCAGCUUCCUUUGAACAGUUAGAGAACGCCAGACAGAUAUAUUGUAGCUGAAUUCGAGUUUAACAGGUGGUGUUGGCUUUGAAUCAGAAAUUGCUUGAAGGAUCCUAAGGAGAAGAAAUUAAAUUGAAUUAGAAUGGAGCCCAGUCGGGGGAUUCCCACCCCAUGGAGCGAAAUCUUGUUGGACUGCUGGUUAUGCUGAUGCUUUACCUCGCUGUGUGAUGUUUGUUGUCUAAGGACGUAUUUGUAUAACUUGUAAAUAUCCCAUGGUUUUUACUGCACCUGUUUGCUCCAGGGAUAGUGUGUGCUCCGUUCCCCUUCAUGCAUGCAUGCAGCUGAACAACUAAGAUUCGUAUAUGGGUACCUUAAUGUCGAUUUUGGAUGUGCUUCGCCUGUCCCCCCCAUCUGCUUCAGUAUGGGUGAAUGCAGAUUUAUGAGGGUGUCGAUCUAAAUAAUUGCCCACAGAAGUGCCGACUUCUGUGAUAAACAAUAUUUCAUUGUAAAACUAUUUUUUCCUUGCAAUGGCUGCUGCCAUUGCGAGUUCUCUGAUACGACAGAAACGACAAGCCAGGGAACGUGAAAAAUCAAAUGCCUGCAAAUGUGUCAGCAGCCCCAGUAAAAGCAAAAGCAGUUGUGAGAAGAAUAAACUCAAUGUAUUUUCCAGAGUUAAGCUGUUUGGUACCAAGAAAAGGCGCAGGAGGAGGCCAGAGCCACAACUCAAAGGUAUAGUAACAAAACUAUACAGCAGGCAAGGCUAUCAUCUGCAGUUACAAGCAGAUGGAACAAUUGAUGGAACAAAGGAGGAUGACAGUAGUUACACAUUAUUUAACCUUAUACCAGUGGGUCUUCGAGUAGUAGCGAUUCAAGGCGUACAAACAAAGUUGUAUUUGGCCAUGAACAGUGAAGGAUACCUAUACACGUCAGAACAUUUCACACCUGAAUGUAAGUUUAAAGAAUCAGUGUUCGAAAACUACUAUGUGACAUAUUCAUCAAUGAUCUAUAGACAGCAUUCUGGCAGGGGGUGGUAUCUUGGUCUUAAUAAAGAAGGAGAAAUUAUGAAAGGCAACCACGUGAAGAAAAACAAGCCAGCAGCCCACUUUCUUCCAAAACCAUUAAAAGUCGCUAUGUACAAAGAACCAUCGCUACAUGAUCUGACAGAAUUUUCAAGGUCUGGAAGUGGAACGCCAACGAAAAGCAGAAGCGUAUCUGGAGUUUUAAAUGGCGGUAAAUCUGUGAGUCAAAAUGAAUCAACGUAGACUGCUCAAGUCCAGUAUUAUUUCAAAGAAUCUUACCUCUGGAUGCUCUUGAAUUCUGACUUCCUUCUAAUAUUCAGCGAUUCGAGACACACACCGCUGAACUUACAUUGGUUACACAGUGAGUUUUCUGGUUGUCAGUGGAUCUAUCUCAGUAAAUCAGAACAUCUUUCGGUAUUUUCACAAGAUGCCCCGACAGCCAGCAAACCAUUAUCAUGGAGUAUAUAUAUUGGAGAAGAAACACCCAUUUUUAAAUACAACUGCAUACCAAGGAAUCCAAAACCUUAACCUUAUGGCCCUGUCACCUGCUGAUAAGAAUUUUCUUUAAAAUACAAAGACCAGUUUUACUUUGUUACUGAAAUUCAAUUCUUACAUGUUUUUUAGGUAGAAUAUAUGCAGCAAAAUAAAAAAAAAUCAUAAUUACAUUGUCUAACUGUUUUAUAUCCAAAUUAGAAAAUGUCUUGUAAAGUAUGGGACAGCACAGCAUUUCAGUUUUGUACAAUUGUAGUUUUCUGAACUUCAGUUAUCCCUUAAAAUGUGUCAAACGUUAAAAUAAAAAUCAGGGUUGGUACUGAAAAGGUUCUCAGGCUAAUGCAAACAUUGUCUUUGUGGCUUUCAAGAAAACUGAGGUAUGAUUUUUUUUAUAGUCUUAACAGUAUAGUAAUGUUCUUGUUUUGACCCAGAUUUAUGCAUCAUUGAAUUACAGGAUGGACCUAAUUCAGUGGGGAAAAACAAGAGGUUUACAGAACCCUUUUCUGACCCUUAUCUGUAGUAUUCUUUUAGUUUACAUAUGUGUGUCUUACAAAAUAUUGUGGUGGCUUCUUUUUCUAAAAACAGAAACUGUGGAUAUUAAGAUGACAAUUUUUUUAUAAAAACGUCUUAUUUGUAACAUGACAGUCCUUUACUUUUACUGGGCAUGUAAAUAUUGUGUAUGUAGACAUUCAUGAAAAUGUAACCCUCAUUACCAUAUUAUUGUAUGUGCCACAUAAACUUCAUUGUUUAAUGUUUAAUUAGCUUUCCCUCAUUAGAUGAUCGUAAUUGCUGCAUGGGAGAAAGUUGGGGAAUGUAGAGUUGCAUGAAGUGUACCAUAAUGUAUAAACCAUUGUUGAUGCUGAACUUUGAGUUUUACAUUGAACUGCAGUAUACAAAGGCUGGUUGUCUGCCUAUUUGGUUGUUUAUUUGUUAUGUACACAGCUGUGCACUGAAUAAAACAUUCAUAUUUAUAGGUGAUAACACA